UUUGAUAAUGUAGUAAUUGUUAUACCAAAACAUUGUAGGGCCGAGAAUUGUAAUUUGAUACUGAACAGUCAUCAAAAUUCAUAUAGGUGCGGUUUAAUUAGUAAUAUCUAUAUGUUUUGAUUCCAAAUGGCCAUAUUUGAGUGGCGAAAAUUUAACUUUUUCGAUCUACGGAUAGGGGUCGAUAAAAACUUAGUUUCGGAAACAUUACAAAGUGCUCGUAUAACGGCUACAACCAGCGGCAACAAUCUAAUUGUAAUAUGCGACUCCGAAGGAAUGAUUCACACUUUUUCCCGGUCUUGGGAACCAAUCAGCUUCAAAGGCCACGAAGGAUCGAUUCUGCUCUGUGACGUUUCUAAACAAAUCAAUUUACUGGUGACCGUUGGCGAAGAUAUAAACGGGCCAUCGUUUAAGGUAUGGAACUUGGGCAAAAUUUCGACUGUAACGGGAGCGCAGUGUCUGCGCACCGUGCGUACGAUGGUUUCGGUGCCAAGUGCGCUGGCCGUCUCCGAAGGCGGUCAAUUUAUGGCGAUUGGAUUUGCCAAAGGUAGUAUUUCUUUGUACAGAGGAGAUAUUAGUCGAGAUAGGUCGAAAACGUUGAAGCAGCUAACCGCAGGAACGACUUCAAUCACCGGAAUUGCAUUUAAACAUUUUAGCAAGAUUACCCAAAUGUUUGUCUGUUCCGACUCAGGUGUCUAUUUGUAUAACCUUCAGAGCAGGGAUAAAGAAAUUCGGAUCAUUCUGGAUACGAUAAACUCCCCGGUUGGUUGCUGUGCUUUACAGACGGGUCAUAACGAAGGUCACUUCAUGGUCGGUCGUGCCGAUGCCGUGUAUUGUUACACUUCGGAUGGACGAGGCCCUUGCUAUGCAUUAGAAGGCAGAAAAACUUUACUACAGUGGUUCCGGUCACAUUUGCUCAUUGUUUCCAAGAACUCCAGAAUGAGCGGUGCCAAUUCAGAAAGUUUUGUUCUAACGGUGAUCGACAUUCAGAACAAAUUUAUCGUUUUCACCUGUCCCAUAGAGGAGGUGGCAGCGAUCCUAACCGAAUUUGGAUCGUGUUAUAUUCUGACGGAAAGCAAGCAGAUUUUUCAUUUAGAUGAAAAAGAUUUGCAAAGCAAAUUGAAUUUAUUGUUUAAGAAAAAUUUGUACGACAUUGCAGUGAGAAUAGCGAAAAGUAACCAAUAUGACGCAGAUGGCCUAGCUGGAAUUUUCAAACAAUACGGAGAUCAUUUAUACAGCAAGGGCGAUUUCUCCGGGUCAGUUGAUCAGUAUAUUAAGACCAUAGGUUUUCUGGAGCCGUCCUAUGUAAUUAGACGAUUCUUGGAUGCUAGACAUAUUCACUACCUGACGGAUUACCUGCAAGCCAUUCACAAAUCCGGGCGAGCUUCAGCCGAUCAUACUACGCUACUGUUGAACUGUUUCACCCGGUUGGAUCGAACGGAACAAUUGAGACAGUUUUUGGAGAACGAAAAUAAACUAAACCUAUUUGAUGUCGAUGUUGCCAUCAAGGUGUGUCGAAAUGCGUCCGUCGAACAGGCUCUGGCAUUAGCAAAAUCACAUGGAAAGCACGAUUUGUGUCUUAGUAUUCUAACAGAGAACCUGUACCGCUACGAGGAUGCUUUAAAUUACAUAAAUCAGUUGGAGUUUUUGGAAGCCGAAAAAAAUAUUAAGAAAUAUGGACACCUAUUAAUGGAAAACUCGCCUGAGCAAACCAUUCGACUAUUGAAGAAACUGUGUACAGAUUAUGUUCGUACCGAUUUGGGUACGAACGCUUUGCAAGAUCACUUUGGAGACGAGCUGCCGGAAUUGCUAGAUAACGGGUUCAAUAGUGAACGAGGCAACCCAGAAGAUUUCAUUCAUCUUUUUUCGAACGAUGAAACACUGAUAGAUUUCCUCGAACAUUUGAUAAAAAACAUUCCGUCGUGUAGUAAGUUUGUGUAUAAUUGUUUGAUCGAACACUAUCUUUACCGCUGGCAGGAGGUGUCUUCGAUCGAGCGUAAGUUGCUGGACGUGCUGAAGAAUAAUGCCGACCGUUAUGAUAAAAACCACGUUCUCAUUCAGUGCCGGGUGUAUCAGUUCUGGCCGGGGGUUUUGUAUCUUUAUGAGGAAGAUAAAUUGUACCAUUUGAUUAUACGGCACUGUCUAAAAAAUAGGGACUAUGAAAAUUUGCUUGCUUACUGCCGGAAACUCGGGCAGCACGACGCUUCGCUUUGGUUGCUGGCACUCAACGGAUUGAAGAACGACGUUGGAGCUCCGUCAAAACUGUUGUCGCAGGUACUUUAUGUUAUAGCUCAAGAAAAAUUGCAAGCCCCCCUACAAAUACUCAACUGUUUGGCUGUUGAAAAUGGCCCCACGUUACUGUCGGUGCGGGACUACUUUAUGCAAGUUUUCCAGAAAGAACAGGAAUCAACCCGUCACGAUGAAGACCAAACACGAAAAUACAGCGAAAAGUCGGUAUCGAUUAAAACUCACAUCAAACAUCUGCAGGAAGAAAAUGUGGAAUUUCGAAAUACCGUGUGUGACACUUGCAAGCAACCACUCUCCUGGCCCGCCUUGUUCUUUUUGUGCAAACAUUCAUAUCAUCAAGAUUGCAUUCGUGGUUACUCGGAAACGGAGAGGGACUGUCCGGUUUGCAACAAAACGAAUAUUCAACUUAUGGAUGCGCUACGUGCGCAAAGUGAGUCACGUGGUCAGCAUGAAGCAUUCCAUAAUCUACUGAAUAGAUCUCCGGAACCGUUUUCGGUAGUGGCCGAGUAUUUCGGUCGAGGUCUAUUUAAUAAAUUGUUGAUCGUAGAAGAGGAGGACAACCAACCAGAGCUUGUAACGUCACUAGCUGAAAAUAGCAUUCGCGAUAAAACUAUGCAAUCCAUUCCAAAACGACAAGUCGAUUCAGUAGCAAACUAUGGCGCCGGCGCUGAAGCCAGAAUGCGACAGGAGGAAGGACGUCAUGCCCAGGUACGGCUGGAAGCUCAAGAAAGUGAAAUGCGGCUCCGCUUGAUGGAGCAGGAACGAAUCCGGCAACGUCAGCAGGCCGGUUUGCUUGUACAGCAGCAACUAAAAUUAAGGGAUGAGCGUAGUCCCAACAGAUCCCCGUAUGGAAGUCCAAAACCACCGGUUUCUGUAGCCAACUAUGCGCAAACUGCAGCCUCUACUAAUAAAAAACCAGUUGGUUCUAUCGCGAAGAAUCCUUUUGAUGAUGAAGACGAUUCUGCAGACUACGAUAAUUCAAAGAAUCCUUUCGCUACCAGUGAAACAGCAUCUUCCAAAAAGACGACCGAUGCCAGUAAUCCUUUCGAACAGGAAUACGAUAGCAGUAUUGAUCCAUUCGCUGAGUAGAGUAAGAGCAUUGUGUGUAAGCGAACGCGUAAAAAUUAUUUAGGAUUGAUACAAUCGUGUUUGUAACACUUUAUAGAAGAAUAGUCUAACCCAUGUAGCCGUUCGUAAAUAUAUUGUGAAUAAAAAUUAAUAUGGAGUUAUUGUACA